AUGAAAGAUAUAUUUGAUACAUAUGAUACGAAAAAUGAAGGUUUUAUUAAAGCCAGUUUACUCGGAAAUAUUCUUCGUACAAUCGGUUUCAAUCCAAUUGAAAGUGAUGUUCAACGAGCAAUAAAUGAAGUUGAUUCACAAAAAACUGAUCAGUUAAAAUUUCCUGAUUAUGUUCGUGCUGUUUUAAGUAUUCCAACAAGUGUUACCGAUAAAGAUAUCAUUCCUGCAUUUCAAGUAUUCGAUACAGAAAAACGUGGUUUACUAGAAGUUGAUGAAAUUUUAAAAAGUUUAACAAAUGUUGGAGAAAAAUUAGAUGAAAUCGAAGCUAAUGCAUUUAAAGAAAGUAUUAAUAUAAAUGAACUUGGUCUAUUUGAUUAUAAUGAAUUUUUUCUUAAGUUUACGCAACCACCUGAAACCAAAACAAAGAAAAAAGGAAAGAAAAAGAAGAAGAAAAAAUAA